UGGUGCAAUGUCCUUCACCUCCAAACAUUGACAAAGGAAAUCACAACAGCCAGGACUUGGAGGUUUUCACUACUGGGAUGGUUGUAAAUUACAGCUGUGACCCUGGCUACAGCCUGCUGGGAGAGGCAGCGAUUUACUGCACCGAUUCUGGAAACUGGAGCCUCCCUCUUCCUCGGUGUACAGGUGGCUGUGGUGCACCUCCAAAAUUAACAUUUGCUGAGUUAACUGAGGAAUACAAAAAUCUGACGCAGUUUCCUGUUGGGGACACUGUGCGAUACGGCUGCCGGCCGGGAUAUAUGAGACACCCCGCAGUACCCCCAGCUCUGACAUGCCUCAAAAACCACACGUGGUCUGAAGCGCUAGCGUUCUGGAAACAGUGUAAAUACCCAGAAGCACCAAAGAAUGGCAGAGUUGUUGUUCUGACAGAUCUCCUUUUUGGGUCAACUGUGAGCCAUAUGUGUGAAGAAGGGCACCGACUGGUUGGACAGUCUUAUAGGCGAUGUGAGAUUUUUGGAGCCGAUGUCACAUGGAAUGGUGUUCUUCCCAUUUGUCAGAAGGUGGUAUGUCCAGUCCCACAGAUCCAGAAUGGGAGAGUAUCUGUUCUUAAGUAUCGCUACACAUACAAAGAUACUGUUAGCUUUAAGUGCCAUAAAGGUUUCACCUUGCGAGGCCAUCGCACAGCGCAGUGCCAAGCUGAUAAAACAUGGGAUCCACCUGUACCAGUCUGUGAGCAGGUAGUGAAGUGUCUGCCUCCUCCAACCAUUGCUAAUGGAGAACACAGCAGUAAUUUCUCAGACAGUUUUGACGUAGGAACACUUGUGCACUACCGCUGCAAACAUGGCUUCUCCCUCAUUGGGAAUAAGUCUAUUCGUUGUACAACAUACGGAGUCUGGAGCCAUCCCCUUCCUUGGUGCGAAGGUUUGUGAAUGGAAAAGCAACCAGAUUAGGAAUCCCUCUAUAAGCCUGGAGACAUCAGUACAAUUGAAUGCAACACUGCUAAUGUCCAAAAAGACCUCCACAUGUCCCAGUGCCAGCCUGGGGGCACAUGGGAUCCUCCACUCCCUGUCUAUGAAAGAGGAAAGUAUGUGUUAUAUGCCAGCUUCGCCAGCCGUAAGAACAUGUACGGGUGUGUGCUGCACUGUUCCAAGCCUGCAGGUAUCACCCAUGGGUCUCUCAAGGGCCCAGCAAAAGUGUUUUUCACUCCUGGAACAUCUGUAAGCUACAUUUGUGAGCCUGGCUUCUCUCUCAUUGGGACAGCAACAAUUUAUUGCACACAAUCUGGAGCCUGGAGCCAUCCUCCUCCAGUCUGUCAAGAUGUGCAGUGUUUCCAUCCUCCAAACAUAACCAAUGGGAAGCUCAAAGGCAACAUCUCUGACACUUUUUCCUAUGGGGCAUCUGUAUCCUACAGCUGCAAUCCUGGGUAUUCACUCGUUGGGAACGCUUUCAUCAACUGCACGGUGUCAGGAACCUGGAGCCAGCCUUCUCCUCAGUGCAAAGAGAUCAGAUGUGUAUUCCCAGAAGUUCAAGGUGUUAAGAAAGCCAUCAAAGGAAAUACUUAUCGCUCUGGGACUAACAUCACUCUUGAAUGUGAUGACGGUUACAUGUUGGAAGGCAUCAGUCAGAUUCAGUGCCAAGAGGACUUCAGCUGGGACCCUCCUGUACCAGCCUGUAAACUGAAGUCACACAAGUCGGGUCCAGUAGGCCUAGGAGCCGCAGCUGCAGGAGUCCUGCUUCUCCUGGGGGCAGGCAUUGUCUGGAAAAUUAUUUCUAAGCAAAAGGAAGGCUAUUAUCGUACAUAUGAAAACUACAGUUACCAAAACCCUCUGAACCAGAUAACUGAACAGAAAUGUUCAUGUCUUCCAUAG